AUGGAUCCUGCCACACGUGGCGCCACACUCUCUAAUGGAAAUGUGAAAGCCAACGAACUGCUAUGUGGCCUGCGAGCAUCUUUGGAAGAUAUGGUCAUGGCCCAUCUCGCAGCAUUGGGAAGAAUAGCAACAGACGACGAGCGCCGAGUGCUGGGGCCAUUCAUCAUUUCUGCCUGCUCACCACUUUUGGACCAUGAAGAUUUGGACAGCCAGUUUUUUGAAUCAGCCAAGUCCAUGUACAGGGCUUUAGACUGGAAAUUCCCGCAAAAACCACUUGGCCGGAUACUUGACUCCCGCGACACGUGGCAGAGGCUCAAUUGGCAGCCAAGAUGGGACUUCCUAAGCUUGGUGCGUGAUUUCACAGGCGGUGCUAAUCUGGACAUCAUCAAAGAUGGUUCAUACUGA